UUUAUGUUUAUUGAGGGACAGGACUUAUAGACUGUGGUGUUGGGGCUGAGUGGGAGGGGUCAGGGCAGAAAAGGAAGUAGCAACAUCGGGGAGAAGACAGGAUGACUGGGGAGGGGAAGAUCAUUGCAGGCUUUCUGGAUGGACAAAGAACAGACAGAUGGAACUCCUGAGGCUUCAUUUCCCUGGGGUGCACCGUACCCUAAGGGAGGCUCUGGCCUCCCUAAGCAACUUUGCUUCCUACCUCUUAGGAGACACAGUUCCCUCUGCAGAGGAGAAGGGGGGAAAGGUCGGCAGGAGAGAUGAGGGGAGGGUGAAGGAGCAUGAGGAAAGAACUGAAGAAGGGAGCCAGCAAACUGAAGAAUCUAAGGAAGCACUGGCAGGGAAGGAAGUGACCAUCGGCAGAGAUAUGGAAGAUACUUUUUUCCCUGGAGGGUCAGAAUGUAGAGAAACUUGGGGAAAAGGGAAAGAAAAGAAGACUGGGGAAAUUCAGGAAUCAGAGACUGAGGGAAUCUGGGAGACAGGGAAAGAGGUUGAGGUAGACCUGAAUGAGGAGAUAACCAGGGUCUUUAGAAAUUGGGACAGCAGCAAUAAGAAUUCCAAAGGAAUCAAGGAGGAUAAAGGAGAGAUCAGAGGGAAGUAUAAGAUAGAGGUUCAAGGAGCUUCGUGUAUGAUGGGGACAGAGCCCAAGCAAGAGCAAAAGGUAGAUACGUUAGAGACUACGGAAUGUGAAAAGAAAAGGCUCUUGGAUGAAGGAUACUUGGGGUCAGAAGAACUUGCCUCAGAAGAAAAGAGUGUCAAAGAGCUAAAAGCACAGGGUGAGAAAAACCAAGAGUCCAAUAAGAAGGAAGUUAAUUUAGGGAAGACUGAGAACUACUGGAGAAGGGAGGAAACUGAGCCAGUGAAAGAACAGAAGGAAGAAGUCAAAGAGUCUAAACUGGGAGAUCCAGAAGGAAGGGCUUUAAUAGCCUCAGGGGUGGAAUCUGAGAAUGGAUUAAUCUGGGAGGACAAACAGGAUGGGGAAGCACAGGAGGCAGAAGGAAAUGUUAGAGAUUGGGAAGAAGCAAGAGAGGGUAAGAAAGCACAGAGGGCAAGAGGAGAGCCAGGAAAUGGCCAGAAGAUAGAAAUGGAAACCAGGAAAAGUCAUGAGAUGAAGAAGGCACCUGAUGGAGCUUUGGGGAGAGAAUUAGGGGAAAGUGGGAAAGUAGAAGCUCCUGAAAAUCUGGAGUUAGAGAAGCAUGAGGUCAAGAAAAUUUGGGAGACAGAGAAGAUUGGGAUCAGAUGUACGGAAAAAGAAGUGGCUUGGGAAGUCCAAUGUACAAAGCCCGAGAAUAUAGAUAUAGAAAAGUUACGAGGAGUCCAGGAGCCAGGAGAAAAAACUGAGAGAGAAAAUGCUGUAAAAGCUGAGGUUUCAAUAACUUCAGUCAUGGAGAAAGCUGAGGUCGGGGAAUCGAUAAAAUCAAAGACAAAAGAAAUAAUUCCAAAAAAAGAAGGUGAGCAAGUCUGGAAGGCAGAGGAUCUGGAGAUCAGUAAAGAAUGGGGCUUGGAUGUUAUUCAAAGGGGCUGGGAUACAGAAGAGGCAGUUGGGAGAGAUUUGGAGAGGAAGAACAAUGAAGAGAAAGAGACUGAGUUAAAUACAUCCUCAGAGCAAGUCUGGACUCAAAGGAGGGAGAGAGAGGAAGAAAUGGCAGACUUCUGGGUCCUAGAAAAAAGGGAGAUUGUGAAAGAUUCAGGGAUGGAAGCUGAAAGAAGUUGGGGCUUAGAGGGAGAAGCUAGGGAAAUCUAUGAGAGUCAGUCAGGGCAAACUAGAAGCCAGGGCAUUCGGGAAGCUAAAAUCUGGGAGGGAACACUUGACAUUGACUCCAAUGAGACUUUAGUAACAAGGCCAGAAAAGGCAGACAGGGGCAACUUAAUGAGGGAAGCAGAGGUGGAAAAAAGCCAAGAAUUGGAGAUAAGCUAUGGAACAGAGGAGGUUAGGGAAGACCAGUGCCCUAAGGAGAUUGGGGGAGAUUGGAACAUGGAAGAAAAAACUGGGAGAGCUCAAGAGACAGAAAAAGAGCUAAUGGAGGAAGAUGCCAAAGAAAGAGAGGAGCAACCAUUCGGAAUUCCAGAGAGAGAGACCUUGGAGAGCUGUAAGAUGGAAGCCCAUAGUGCCCAAAAUAUUAAGAACACAGAGAACAGAAAUGUCCAAGUGGUGAAAAAACAGGACUUAGUCUUAGUAAAAGCCUGGAAGAUAAUGGAAACAGACAUUGAAAGUGGCCAGGUAAGAGAAAUAGAAGACAAGGGAGGCUGGAAAGAUGAGAAAGUUUUCAUACCCCAGACUAGAGAAGACAAGGGAGCUUGGGAAACUGAGGGAAGCCAAGAAUUCAAACAGCAAGAAGCCCCAAAGGCAGAGGCUAAAACAGACUGGAGGGCCAAGCAGUCUGAGAAAAUAGAACCAGAGAAGGAAGAGAAAGAGGUCAGAAGAAUUUGGGAGAAGGAGCUUGAGGGAGGAGGCCAAGAGGCACACACUGAAAGAGGCCAUAAAAUGGAAGAGUCUGAAGUCAGAAAACUCCAGGAUGGGGAAGAGACAGAAGGUAAAGAACACUGGGAAGCAGAAGGAAAGGUCAUAAGAAGCCAGGAGACAAAAGAGGUUGAAGCAAGUCAGGAGAGGGAGGAUAAAAGAAGCAGAGCACUGGAUAGAGAGGCAGAAGGAGAGGUCAUAAGAAGCCAGGAGAUGAAAGGGGUUGAGGGAAGUCAAGAGAGGGAGGAUAAAAGCAGCAGAGUACUGAGUAAAGAGGCUGAAGGAGGCUGGGAAGGAAAUGCUGAAAGCCCAUGGAAUACUGAGAUAGUAAGUGAGAAAGUAGGGCUAAAUUUAAAGAAGGUUGUAGCUGGAAGAAGCCCGGAGACAGAGCAAAAGGUAAAGAGAGACUGGAAGGAAAUCAAAAGAGAUUGGAACUCAGAAGAGGAAAUUUGUCAGGAAAGAACAGAGACUAGAGAAAGUCCAAAUUUAAAUUUAUUAGAGGUUGGAGUCAAGGAAGUUCUGGAGGAAGAAAAGAAAGGCUUCUGGAAGGUUAAAGGAACCAAAGAAUGUCAAGCAAUUGAGGGAAUGACUGAGAGAGAUCAAGUUGAAGAAUCAGAGGUUAGGAAAACCUGGGAGAGGGAAGAGAAAGAGUCUGAGGGAGACCAAGAAACAGGCUCAGUAGAUACUGAGGAAUCCUGCAUAGAUGAGAAAGAGAAGUCAGGGAGCAACUGUGAAAAAGAGAAACUUGCCUUCUGUCAUGGAGCAGAGAUACAGAGGACAAUAACCAACAAGGAAUGGGACUUUGUGAGGGAAGAGAAGAUGAAGGAGGGGCAAAUUAAGUCAGAAGAAAAAUCUGGAAAGGGCAAGGAAAACAAGGAAACAGAGAAAGAGGUUGAUGGAAGCCAGAAUGUGGACUCUGAAAGUACCUGGCCCCUGGAGGAAGAGAGACAAUAUGAGGAAGAAACUGAGAUAGAAGCCAAAACUGGGGGGAGUCAUGCUUUAGGGGGUAGAAAUUCCAUGGACAACCAAUCUAUGGAGAAAGUAGAAGCUAAUGGGGGCAGGGGGCUAGAGGCAGAGAAGAUGGAAGACAGUGGGAACAGAGAAGAGGCAGGAAGCCAGGAAGAUGGAAACAGGGAGGAGAUGGAGCCUGCUGAAUGCUCUGAGACCAAGGAAGCAGCAGACUGGAGAGAUGGAGACAAGGACUCAGAAGUUGCUGGAAUCUGGGAAUUCAGUAAGAAGACUGGAAGAGUCUGGGACUUAGAAAAAGCUAAGUCUAGUCAAGCCAAGGGAACAGAGGAAGCUGCAGAUACGGAAUCUGCAACUCUGGAAGCUUCAGAAAACAGGGAGACAGAAGCCCCAGCACCCACCAAUUCAAUAGCUCUAAUGUUGUCUCCUAUACCCGGUCCUGCUGAUGAUGCCCAAAACAACUGGAGUGAGGCUCCCAUCCCUGGUUCAUGCCUGGACCUCUCCAUUCCCAGAAGUCGAGUUCUCCUCUCCAGAAAUGCCUCCCAUCGACGAUCCCGCCCCUCUUUUAGAAGGGUACCAGCUCCAAGGAAGGAUGACUGUGAUGAUAAUGAGGCUCUGGAGUCCUCACCCUCAAAACUGAGACUACUCCAAUCUGAGGAAACUAUAAUGCCAAGUCCCCUAAAGCCAGAGGGGACCCCAGUCCCAACAAGGAAACGGCCCCCAGGCCAUGGGUUUGGCCUCGCUCAUCCCAGCAUGAUGCAAGAGUUACAGGCUCGUCUGGGACGGCCCAAGCCCCAGUGACCUGAAGACCUAUGAAUCUAAUUUCCCUCCCCUCUCCCACCAUUCCCUGCCUUUACUCUGAUCUCUGACCCCAAUAUCACCUUCAAGCCUGGGAUGAUCUCCCUACCUCAUAGCGACUUCUAAUCAUGUGUCUUAAUCCCCAAAAAGGGAAGCCCCAACCCUUGGUAGCUUCUCCUUUCAUAGGCUAUUUCCAGGUAACUAUACUUUUUUUCUAUAGGACCUACCUAGAAGAUUUAUAUGCUCAAAGAAGAAAGAGAAGAAAAGGGGUUGUAGGUGUUUAUUAUUAGGUCCCCCAAGAAAUAUCUGAUCUUACUCUCUGGGUUCCUCCAGGGAGCAGAAGGAAGACCAUCCUCAAAUUUUUUUCCAAAAAAGAAUAAAUACAACCACUAUUUUCCUGAAAAAAUAAAUAUCUAACAAAUAAAUAUCUUCACUGAACUUGAAGGCCUCUUAAAUUAUGGGAUGGGAAUGGGCUCAGAAGGUGAGAAGGGAGAAAACCAAAGGGGCAUAUGCCACAUCUCCUCCCCUGAGAUGAUAUUACUGGCAGAGGAAGGAUACUUGGGUUGAAGUCUGGGAUCUCCCCCUCCCAAAUGGCUCAGGGCAGGGAAAUUAGCUUCAGGUUGAAAAACAAAUAUAAGGGAGAAAGGAAUACAAUCCUGGAAGGUGAUGUAAGUAGUAGGGAGUCAUCACCCCUAGGUUGAAAACUGUACUUCUUGAGUAGUCAGGGACUGUGUGUGUGAGCAAUUCCCUUUGAGAGCAGCAGGAAAUCCCGGACGGCUCGGCCCAGGACUAGCUCCAGAGAUCUGAGUAGCUGGUAAGUACUCAGGAGUUGUGGCCAAGAGACUUGGUGCACAGGGAGAGAAAAUCUUUCUAAGUCUCUCUUCUCCAGAUCUUGGGUUUCCUUAUCCUCCAG